AUGGCAGUCAAUGGUCUUCCAAGCCCAGAUGUGCUCUCCGCCAAUUAUGCGGCGGGCAGGCAGAGCUGCGUUAUCUGUCUAGCACAUCAGGAUCUUACUGAGCUCGGUACUACCAUUCUCAAAAGAGCUAGUUACGGAGCAGCUGUAUCUGAGCUACGAGUCGAUCAACUGAAAACUCAUGGAGGGGGAAUCGCUUCGGCAGAAUAUGUGUCUUCUCAAAUUCGGUACCUACGAGAGACAACCGGUCUACCUAUCCUCUUCACGAUCCGCACGGUUUCUCAGGGAGGGAAAUUUCCGGACAAUUCUGCUGAUGAUGCUUUGCAUUUGAUGCUAGUUGCAGUCAAAGAAGCGUGCGAAUAUAUAGACGUGGAACUCACUUGGCCGAAAGCAGUAAUCUCGGGCAUUGUUUCCCAGAAAGGAAAUUCCAAGAUCAUUGCUUCGUAUCACAAUUGGACCAAAGGUAUCUCGUGGUCUGGAUCCUUGUUGAAGGAUUCCUAUGAGGGUGCAAAUCGGUUUGGAGACAUAAUAAAACUAAGCAUCACGAGCACUUAUCUUUCGGAUAAUCACGAGCUAGCCCUUUUUAUACGUGAUCAUCAAAAGCAAAGCACGAAGCCACUCAUCGCCGUGGGAAUGGGAGCCCAUGGCCAGUUAUCUCGAGUAUUAAGCCCGAUUUCUAUGGCCACACACCCUCUUCUUCCCACGGCCACUGCACCGGGCCAGAUGUCGGUUGCCCGUAUAAACGAGGUUUUGCACCUUAUUGGCCGAAUUCCUAAAAAGAAGAUGUUUAUUAUCGGACACAAUAUCUCCCACUCGCUCUCCCCCACGAUACACAACGCCGGCUUUGCUGAGCUUGGUUUACCGCAUCACUACUCCAUCCACCAAGCUCCGCAGAUUGAUGAAUCGGUAGAGAAGAUCCUAAAAGACCCGGAUUUCGGAGGCGCGUCGGUCACCUACCCCCAUAAACUUAACAUUCAACCGUUUCUUGAUUCGAUUUCCGAGAAUGCAGUCAGCAUGGGCGCAGUGAACACGGUCGUGGUUGGACAAUCGGCGGACAAGCCUGAUCAGAGAAUCCUGAUUGGCGAAAAUACCGAUUGGGUAGGUAUCCGCAACUGCAUAAAAGGAAGCCCCGUUACACUUGAUAGCUCUAGCACGCCUCUCGUGAUUGGCGCUGGUGGCGCUGCACGAGCAGCCCUCUACGCUCUGCAGCGGCUCGGGAUUUCAAAUGUGACUGUUGUCAACCGGUCAAAGGAGCGGGCAGAGGGUUUGGCGUCAAGUUUCACUACCCUUAACAUUUCGAUUUUGACUAGCCUGCAGCAAGUCGACGCCCCAGUCAGUUGUAUCGUUGCCUGUAUACCGGCAGAUGAUAUCACCGAGGACGACAUUCCGUCGAAACUUUUUGUAUCAGGCAAGCCUGGGAUACUCGUGGAAAUGGCUUAUCGCCCCAAUGUCACCGCAUUAAUGAAGGCUGUCCGGCGCCUGGGGUCAUGGUCAGUAUCCAACGGGGUCGAGGUACUACGAGAACAGGCGUAUGCGCAAUUCGAGCUCUGGACAGGAUAUAGAGCGCCUGUUCUGGCGAUCGAAGAGGCUCUCAUUAGUGCAGCUAGUUAUCUUUAG